AUGGCGACAAUUUGUGUUGGAUAUAUGUUUACAUUUUUCCUCGUGCUGCUUCUAGCCAGGAGUAGUGUCUGUGCGGAAGAAGAGUUUUGUGAAGAACAAGACGGACUUUUUCAGGCCUGUACACAACGAAUGGAAUCUAUUUACUUUGCCAGAAGCGAAAAGCUUGAUGUACUUUGCAGGGAAAUAGCUCAGUAUUUGACUUGUGUCCACGAGACAAAUAUCUCAUGCCCGGAGAUUCCCAUCUUUCAAGAUCGUAUUUAUGCCGAAGCGAUCCAGAAUGCGAGGAGUCAACUGACUCGUUUUUGCACAAGCUACAACAUUACUACCAAAUGUACUGAGAAAUUUGUGCAUCAACUUGUGAGGAAUUGCACUGUCCUACUGAACAAAGUUCAGUUUCACACACCUAGAGAGGAUAUGUGCCA